AUGCUCAUCCUUCCCGGAUCCUCUGCCCUCUCCGCUGCUAAGCGUGAUACCCUUCUUUUUCAACCUCCAACGCGCCAAUCCCGUGGCGUAGCCUACGUCGUUACUCUCAAGGUAUCUCAAUCUCUUACCUCCUCCGAUCUCAUCACCUUUGGUCCAUUCAUCCAUGACCGAAUGACCCAAACCGCCUUACUCUCCCUCCCCGCCGAAACCGACAUCUUCCUUCACCGUUCACCCUCUCCUCUCGUCCACGCCUCUCUCUCCUCUUCCCCGAAAGAACGACUCUCUCAAGCAAACAACGAACUAGGGCUCGCUCUCGCACCCGACGAGAUCGACUAUCUCGUGAAUGCGUACGGAACCAUGUCUCGCGAUCCUACCGACGCCGAAUUAUUCAUGUUCGCAGAAGUCAACUCCGAACACUGUCGUCACAAAAUAUUCAAUGCCUCCUGCACACUCGAUUCCACUCCCCAACCCUCCUCCCUCUCCUCCAUGAUCCGCAACACCGAAAAGCUCUCGCCCAAAGGCACGAUCUCCACCUACUCCGACAAUGCCGCCGUCUUCGAAGGAUACGUCGCUCCCCGUCUCACCACCUCAUUCACCGCAGACGGCUUGAAGGUCUACGGAACCGUCGAGGAAGCGAUGCCCAUCCUCAUCAAAGUAGAAACACACAACCACCCCACCGCCGUCUCUCCCUACCCCGGCGCCAUAGGCCGUGGAUCGCAUCCAAAAGCCGGUCUCGCAGGCUUUUCAGUUUCGAAUUUACUCAUCCCAGGUUAUGAGCAGCCUUGUGAAGAGGAUUUUGGGAAACCGGGACAUAUUGCGAGUGUGUUCGAGAUUAUGAGGGAUGCGCCGUUGGGGGGUGCGGCGUUUAAUAAUGAGUUUGGGAGGACGUUUUGUGAGAGGGUUGGUGGGGAGGCGGGAGAAGGAGAGGUUAGAGGGUAUCAUAAGCCGAUUAUGAUUGCUGAUGGGCUGGGCAACGUCCGUCCUCAAUUUGCGCACAAAGACAAGAUCUCGCCCAGAGCGAAGAUUAUCGUCCUUGGUGGACCUGGGAUGUUGAUCGGUCUAGGAGGUGGUGCUGCAUCUUCUCGUGCGCUUGGAGGUGCGGGAUCGGCAAAAUUGGAUUUCGCGUCGGUGCAGAGAGAUAACGCGGAAAUGCAGAGACGAGCGCAGAUGGUCAUCGACGCUUGCGUCGAUCUUGGGGAGAAGAAUCCGAUUCAGUCGAUCCACGGUGUUGGAGCGGGAGGUCUUUCCAAUGCUCUUCCCGAGCUCGUGCAUGAUUCGGGGUUGGGGUCGAAGUUUGAGAUUAGGGAUGUUCCAGUGGCGGAUGGAGGACUCAGUCCGAUGGAGAUUUGGUGCAACGAGAGUCAGGAGAGGUAUGUGCUUGCUGUGAGCCCGGGUGAAGGGGGCGAGGACGUGUUUAGGGCGAUUGCGGAGAGGGAGAGGACGUUAUUUGGGGUUGUGGGUGAGGCGACAGAGGUGGAGGAAUUGGUCGUAACGGAUAGGCUGCCCGGUCAGGAUGUCAUCAGCCUCAAGAUGUCGACGUUGUUCGGUAAACCACCCCGUAUGACUCGAACCGACGUUACUCACAAACUCAAGACCAUCCCCUUCGACACCUCCCUCUCCAAAUACAUCCCAACCUCGUCGAACGUCGAUUUUACCGCUCGACUCAAAGAAGCAGCCCACCGCGUCCUCCGCCUCCCCUCCGUCGCCUCCAAGUCCUUCCUUAUCACAAUCGGUGACCGUAUCAUCACCGGCCUCGUCACCCGCGACCAAAUGGUACGACCCUACCAAACCCCCAUCUCCGACGUCGCUGUCACCCGUUCCUCCUACUCUUUCACCCUUCCCUACGGCGAAGCCAUGGUCAUGGGCGAACGUACGCCCCUUGCACUUCUGUCUCCGGCAGCGAGCGCACGUAUCGCUGUAUGUGAGAGUUUGACGAAUUUGGCGGCGUCGUAUGUUGGAAGUGGAGAGUUGGGGAGGGGUGAGGGAGUCGGGUUAUAUGAAGCUGUGAAGGCUGUCGGUGAGGAGUUGUGUCCUGCGCUUGGGGUUGGGAUACCGGUCGGGAAGGAUUUGAUGUCGAUGUCUAUGCGUUGGAAGGACGAGAAGGAUAAAGUGGAGAAGGAUGUGACGGUGCCGUUGUCGUUGAUCGUUACUGCGUUUGCGAGAGUUAAGGAUGUGAGGAAGACCUGGACGCCGGAAUUGAAGACGGACGAGGAAGAAACGGUGUUAGUAUUUUUCGACUUGGCGGGUGGGAAGACCAGGUUGGGAGGAUCGGCGUUGACGCAGGUGUUUAGGGAGAUUGGGACAGAGGCACCGGAUGUGGAGGAUCCAAAGGUGGUGAAGGCGUUCUUUGAGGGGACGCAGAGGGUUAGGGAGACGAAUCCGGGAUUGGUACUCGCGUACCACGAUCGUUCGGAUGGAGGAUUGUUCACUACGUUGGUGGAGAUGGCGUUUGCGGGAAGAGUUGGUCUGAGGAUCAAUUUGGAUGCGUUGGGAACGUCGGGGAGGGAUCCCGUGGCGGCGUUGUUCAAUGAGGAGUUGGGAGCGGUCGUGCAGGUCGCGAAAUCGAACGUUCAACAUCUCCUCGCUGCGUUCUCUCGAGAAGGAUUUCCUUCCACCUCCGUUCAUGUUAUCGGAAGUAUCAACCCACCCUCCGACCAAUCCAUCGAUAUCAUCCACAGCGCGACGCUCUCCAAAAUCUCAUACGACCUCAAGUUCAAAUACGAUCCUUCGCUUUCGAGGCCGUUGGCGCAUCGUCCGAAGGUCGCGAUAUUGAGGGAACAGGGCGUGAAUGGACAUCAGGAAAUGGCUUGGGCGUUCCACGCGGCAGGAUUCGACGCUAUCGACGUACACAUGUCCGACAUGUUCCCUUCUGUCACUUCUUCUAGGGAACCUCUCAGUCUUCAAGGAUUCGCGGGUAUCGCAGCGUGCGGAGGGUUUUUGUACGGUGAUGUUCUCGGUGCAGGUAAGGGCCGGGCGAACUCCGUUCUGUUACACGAAGGCGCUAGGAAGGAGUUUAAAGAUUUCUUCGAGAGGAAUGAUACGUUCGCUCUAGGAGUAUGUAACGGAUGUCAAUUCUUCAGUGAGUUGAAGGAGUUGAUCGGGAACGGUGCUGGCGAGGACGACAGUGAGAGUGGGGCAGGCUGGCCAGAAUUCAAGGAGACCAAAAGCGGGAGGUUCGAAGCGAGAGUAAUAAUGGUCCAAAUCACCGACACCGCCGUCACUCGCUCCUCGCCCUUCCUCCACGGCAUGGUUGGGUCCCGUAUCCCCGUCGCCGUCGUCCACAGUGAAGGUCGCGCAGUAUACACCGGCGGUUCGUCCACCCUCCAACGCUCCGACUCCCUUGGCCUCAUUGCUCUAAAAUACGUCGACGGAGACGGGAACGUAACUCAGACGUAUCCUUUGAACCCGAAUGGAAGCGAUGGUGCGGUUGCGGGCGUGCAGACGAGGGAUGGGAGGGUGUUGGCGCUGAUGCCGCAUCCAGAGAGGGUGAUUGCGGCGGCUAGUAAUUCAUAG